AUGACGGACUUCACAAACGCCAGGGGUUCACAUAUGAUCCUGGUCUCCGCACAAGGGACCCACGUCCCAGCGGCUCCAGGCCAUGCCGUCCAAGCACCCCCUUUCACUGCGCCCAAUGGCGCGAAUCAGAACGCCGUCGCCGGCCCCGCGGCUGGGAAUGGCGCGCACGCGACCCCCGAGAACCAGGAGAACGUGCCCCCGCGGCGCAACAGGCGGCGCCAGCGCGCCCAGCUCAGCGUUCGCGAGCUGCGCAGGAGGCGUGCCGCGAUCAACGCGGACGCGCCGCGACAGCUGGAGGCGCGCUUCAGGCGCGUUCUGGGAGCCCUUAACGGGCAGCAGGUCCGAGACCUGCGAGAAGUUACCUUGGCCGAGGCCAAUGGCGAUUCCGCGGGCGCGCGCAGCGAAUACAUCGAUAUGAGGAACGGCAGGAUUCCCGACGCCAGCGUCCUACAGGAUCCGUACAGCCACCCUUCCUCGUGGACGAUGUUCGACGAAGACGCGUAA